CCAAAAAAUUGCUUUGGGCGUAACAUUCAUGAAUACUGGAUUCUAUAUAAGCGGAUGAUUGCCUUGUCAUUAUCAUUGUCCAGUUGUGUUUCCAACUGUCUACUCCACCCUAUCUAUCGCUCCCAAAAAUGAAGAUUGCUGUAAUUUUGAUCGCUUUAAUCGCUGUCGUAAUGGGAACUCCGCCGUACCAACCUUACAACGGCUAUCCGAGUUACAAUUACGACGAGGAGUACUAUGCACCAGCAUACCCGGCUUACAACUACGGAUACCACGUGAAAGAUCCCUACACCUAUAGCGACUUUGGCCACGAAGAAACCAGGAAAGGAGACAACACCAAGGGUCAAUAUCAAGUUCUUCUUCCUGACGGUCGACGACAGAUAGUGACUUAUUACGUAAAUGGAAAAUCUGGUUAUGUUGCUGAUGUUAAAUAUGUUGGUGAAGCCAAGUAUCCCACCAACCCAAGUCCAUACAGACAAUAUUAAUUUAUCCAAUAUAUUCAAUGUUUAUAACUGAUAGCUAAAAAUGAAAUAUAGUUUGAGCAAUUA